AUGGCGGCUGCUUUGCUGUCAUACAAAAUUGUUAACAAAUUAAUUAGAAAUAAAGCAAAAUUUACAAAAGCAUUUAGUACUAGUAGUUUAGUAAUUUUGACUAAGCCACAACUAAAUUUUCUGUGCAAGCAAUGUGCCACCGCCAGCUAUUUCAGGUUUUAUUCUACAACGUCUCCGAACCCUGCGGGUGGCGGGGACUCAGCGAAACACGUCUUAGCGGCAGUGUUGGCAAACAAACCAAAAACUGGCAAAAUACCAGUUGGUAUCCAAAAGAGAGACUGCUUUCAUCCAGGUGCUUCUGUUUUAUCCCGUGAAGAUAUAAACCUGGGGAAUGCAAAACCCGUCUCUGGAACUGAUAUGGUGAGAGGGAUGUUGGCUUAUGUGUGGCCUAAGGAGAACAAAAUGAUAAGAGAUCGAGUAAUGCUCUCCCUCUCACUCCUCUUUGGUGCAAAGAUCAUGAAUGUGACUGUGCCAUUUCUAUUCAAAUAUGCUGUGGAUGAGGUGAAUGCUGCGACGGUGACGUCCACCGGAGAUGCCUUAUUAGGAAUGGCGACUGUGCCUCAGGCUAUUGGGACUACCGCUUUUAGUCUACUUCUUGGAUACGGCAUCGCCCGAGCAACGGCUGCGGCUUUCAACGAGCUCCGCAACGCGGUAUUCGCGAAGGUGGCUCAGCAUUCAAUUCGAAAGCUGGCUUGCAAUGUGUUCAUACAUCUGCACAAUCUUGAUCUUGCUUUUCACUUGAGCAGACAGACUGGUGCAUUGUCCAAAACCAUAGACCGCGGGUCUCGCGCGAUCAACUUCGUCCUGUCCGCGAUGGUGUUCAACAUCGUGCCCACAAUCUUCGAACUGGCGCUCGUCUGCAGCAUCCUCGGCCUGAAGGGCGGCCUGGCGUUCACAGGUCUGGCGCUGAACUGCGUGGCGGUGUACGCGCUGUUCACGCUGGCCAUCACGCAGUGGCGCACGCAGUUCCGCGUGCACAUGAACCGGGCCGAGAACGAGGCGGGCAACAAGGCCAUCGACUCGCUCAUCAACUACGAGACCGUCAAGUACUUUAACAACGAGAAGUACGAGCUGGAGAAGUAUGACAUGAGCCUCAAGAAGUACGAGACGGCGUCACUGAAGACGGCUUCAAGCUUGGCGCUGCUGAACUUCGGGCAGCAUGCAAUAUUCAGCGGAGGACUGAGCAUCAUUAUGAUCAUGGCUGCCAAUCAGAUCGCACAAGGCCACAUGACGGUGGGCGACCUGGUGAUGGUGAACGGGCUGCUGUUCCAGCUGUCGAUCCCGCUCGGCUUCCUGGGCUCGGUGUACCGCGAGGUGCGGCAGGCGCUCAUCGACAUGCAGACCAUGUUCACGCUCAUGACGGUGCAGUCCAGGAUCCAGGAGAAGGCCAGCGCGCCGCCGCUGCGGCUGUCGGCGGCCACGGCCGAGAUCGAGUUCCGCGACGUCAGCUUCAAGUACAUCAACGGCAAGCCCAUCUUCACGGGGCUGGGCUUCCGCAUCCCGCCGGGCCGGAAGAUCGGCAUCGUGGGCGGCUCCGGCAGCGGCAAGUCCACGAUGGUGCGCAUGCUGUUCCGCUUCUUCGAGCCGCAGUCGGGGCAGAUCCUCGUCGCCGGCCAGGACAUCAAGGGCGUCGACCUGGCCAGCUUGCGGAAGGCCAUCGCCAUCGUGCCGCAGGACUGCGUACUGUUCCACGACACCAUAUUCCACAACCUGCAUUACGGUGACCUGAGCAAGUCCAAGGAGCAGGUGUACGAGGCCAGCAAGCUGGCCGAGCUGCACGACUCCGUCCUGACCUGGCCCAAGGGCUACGACACGCAGGUGGGCGAGCGCGGACUGAAGCUGUCGGGCGGCGAGAAGCAGCGCGUGGCCAUCGCCAGGGCCAUCCUCAAGGACUCGCCCAUCAUCGUCUUCGACGAGGCCACCUCCAGCCUGGACUCCUUGACGGAGCACGCGAUCCUCCAAGCGCUGAAGGCGGCGACUAAAGGCCGCACCUCAAUCUGCAUCGCGCACCGCCUGUCCACGGUGGCCGACGCCGACGAGAUCCUGGUGCUGGAGAACGGCACCAUCAGCGAGAGGGGCACCCACGACCAGCUGCUGGCCAAGAGUGGCUCGCUCUACAACAGGCUGUGGGAGAAGCAGAACAAAGACGGGAUCAGGCCAGUCUAGAUCUGCCGCCCCGCGUCGUCGGGGCGUUUGCCGUUUCGACCCUGUCCCGUGCUAACCGCGUGUGUUAGGAAAACUCGGCGGACAAAAUGUUCCACAGUCUGCUAGCGGCGUUAAGUACAGAAAUGUCCCUUAAUGGUCAUAAAGUCACUAUGUUUAAGUCCAACGUUCAAUUCACAAGUGGGCUGCAAAAACAAAACAGAUGGUGAACAGUUGAACUCUGAGAUGCCAAAGAGCAUUUUACAGUUGUUAUCAAUCUCAAUAAAUUAAAAUAACGACCAAUCAAUAACGACUAGCUCUAUAUUUUGUUAGUUUAAAUAAUUUUGUUCAUUAGUGAAAUUACAAUAAACUUAAAAUUAACUUAAUUCAUUUUGGAACAGUUUAACAGAUACUUACUGAUGUUCUUUGGAUAUUAGUUACGUACGUCAUGCCGAUAUUUCGGCAGCCUUACCUUGGGUCGUAUCCAGGUGCUCUUGGACGUAAGUUACAGUACACAAAGGUUUAUGAUUUCUGCCA